UCCGUGGAUCGUACGGCACUGUGUGCUCUCCGCACACUCACUGAUACACUCACUGACUCACUGAGACACUUGCUAAGACACUCACUGAGAAACUCACUGAGAUACUCACUGAGACACUCACUGAGGCACUCUGACACUCACUGACACAAUCGCUGAGACACUCACUGAGAUACUCACAGAGACACUCGCUUAGAGACUCACUGAGACACUCACUGAGACAUUCACUGAAAGACUCACUGAGAUACUCGCGCCUCACUGAGACACUGAUAAACUCACCGUUAUACUCACUGAGACACCGAGACACUCACCGACAGACUCAAUGAGACACUCAGAAACUCACUUAGACACUCACUGAGACACAGAGACGAGCAUAACCAUGGCCACCCCAGCUGCUGUAUCUGAGCUCAGCUGCUCCAUCUGCCUGGAGGCGUUUGAUUGCCCCUCCACACUGAGCUGCGGACACUCGUUCUGCCUCCGGUGCCUGGAGGCCGCCUGGAAGACGGCGAGCAGCUUCAGCUGCCCGCAGUGCCGAGCGACCUUCCCUGUGCGACCCCAGCUGAGGAGGAACGUGGCCCUCGCCAACCUGGCGGAGCAGCUCAGAGACGGGAUGGCCGCGGCCGUCGUGUGUGACCACUGCAGUGGUGGCCAGACUCCUGCAGUGAAGACCUGCCUGAGAUGUGAGAUGUCCUUCUGUGCGAGGCACUUGAUGCCUCAUAUAGAGAAUCCCAGGCUGAGCGAUCACGUCCUGGUGGCUCCCAUUGCGAACCUGGAGGAGCGACGGUGCCGAGAGCACAGAGAGGAGCUGAAGUACUUCUGUGAACAGGAUGAGAUCCCAGUCUGCACAGGCUGCACCAUCACUGGAGACCACUUCGGGCACAGAGUUAUCACGGUGGAAAAAGCGCAACAGACAAGACAGGAGGAGCUCAGAGUCAAGAAGAAGGGGAGAGAGGAGAAGAGGAACACAGCGGCUUCACAGACACGGACGCUCAGGGACGACUACCGGCGCGUGGAGGAGAAUGUACGCGGUAUCAGUCGAGAAUUUGAGCGCCGGUGGAAUGAAGAGAGGGAGGUGCUGAACCGCGUGGACGAGGAGGGCCGCUCCGUGCUGUCCCGCAUCCAGGCGGACAUCGCUCGCUACGAGAGCAGAGCACGCGGCCUGGAGCAGGAGAUCAACCAGCUGCUUGCCGCCCUCGCCGUGAAGGACCCACUCUCCUUCCUGCAGGAUCCCGUUCAUGAUAUUCUCAGGAGCUCGGACUCGCAGGGGAUCCAGGAUCCGCCUCCUCCCACAUUCAGUCACCAAGAGCUCACAGAGGUCAUCUCGCUAGGAGGAGUGAAUACGAUGCGCGUGGCUCUCGUGUAUGGAUGCUCGCCGACUCUGGACACAAACUCAGCCCACGACCGCCUCCAGAUUUCCUCGGAUCUCAGGACGGUGACAAGGAGUCGUGUCCCCCAGGGUCGUUCCCAUAACCCACUCCGCUUUGAUGUCUGGCCACAAGCCCUGUGCUCUGAGAGCUUCUCGUCGGGUCAACACUACUGGGAGGUGGACGUGGGGAGCGCAGAGUGGUGCGGGAUUGGAGUCGUGUAUAGGACGAUCCCAUGGAGAGGGCGUGGUGAUAAGUGCCUCCUGGGAGUGAGUGACGUCUCCUGGUGUCUACAGAAAUAUGACGACAGCUUCUCAGUGCUGCAUGGCGGGGUAGAGACCUCACUGUCGGUGCCGGAGCCUCUGCGGAGAGUCGGGGUCCAUCUCGACUGGGACGAGGGGCUGCUGUCGUUUUACUGCGCAGACUCAAUGGCAACGUUGCAUUCGUUUCACCAAACUUUCAUUCAGCCCCUACAUCCUGGGCUGUGGGUGUUGGGUGAUGUUGGGGACUCAGUGAGGAUUGUGGAUCUGAGCGGUGCGUCCUGAGAGAGGUGAACGUGAACAGCGCAGAGGGCAGACGCCACGGCGCUCGCCACCCUCGUCACCGUCACACGCAGUGCCACGCCCGUGACUGGCUGGUGGCUGUCGGUGGCUAGGGGCUGCGUGGCUCUCCAUCACAACGAGGGGGCUGAGCAUAAACAAUCCUCACAACCUUCAUAGGGGGGUGGUGGGUGAUAAAAUAGUACCGCUCUGUGCGUGAGUGAAUCCAACGUGGAUGUAUUCACCCUGCCAGAGGAGUGUGACUGUAGUGUAGGUGCAGUAAUUAGCAAUGGUGAACUGGGAUGUGGUUAUACACUGGUGGUGUCAUGGGUUGUGGGAGAGAUACAACAAUACAAAUAUUUAUUUUUAAAAGUAUAAAUGUACGCGUACGACAGUGGCGUUGUAAUACUUGUAUCGUCUAAAAUAA